UUGAAAAUUAAAUGGCAUUCGUGUGGAACAUUGGUAAACGGCUUUUUGCACUUUGCAUUUUUCCAAUUGGAUUGGCGACUGGCGCUCGUCGUCCGUCUCGAGCUUACGCGCAUGUGCCAGCACACCCACACCGAGGGGACGUUCACUUCACAGUUCAACGGAGGCUUCCAAGAGUAGGUAUAUGACUGUGUAUAGUGUAUACAUGCUAACACACUGUGUAUUCAUUUAAUGCUAUUGGCAGUGUCAAAGAUAACGUUGCACUGUUGUUCUAACGUCUCACAAAUACACACGUACCGACUCUAUUUGUAAACACACAAAUUUAGAAUCGAUCGGCUUUCCAUUAGUAGCGACCAAUUUUCUCUUCGGAGAAUCGCGAAUAAUUCUUCAUUUAUAAGCAUUCACCGGUGUAUUCGAUGCCUGCGGUCGUCUACCUUCUGUACAAUGUACUACGUUAGAGGCGUUUUUUCCGCGGCUACUCUAUGCAUAAUACACCUUCCGACGAUGAAUGGGCACGAGUUUCGGAGUAAUUCGAUUCUAUAGUAAUUCUUCAGCUCGUAACAAUAUCGUCGCGGUUUAGACAAUGGAACAAGUGACUUUUGGUUUAGCCGAAGAGAAUGGCUCGAAUUCAGAGUUGGGUUCGCAAGAAAAUCUCACGCUCGAUGCUAUCAAUCUGGAAAUCGAGGAGCUGGAUGAUGCUGAAUAUGCCAUUCCAGCAGUUGAUCAGCUGCCUUCCUUAGAAAGUAUUUUAGCUGAACCAGAUUGUGGUUCUUUAUCAGGCACAGAUGAUGAUAUUGCAGCAACUUCAAUUGAAAAAUUAUCUACUAGCGAAACUGUGAGCGUUGGUAGUUUGUUAUCGCUUAAUUCUCCUAGCAGACCAAAAAUCAAACCACCACCAAUAUCAGGAAUUAUUCUUAGACAUGUUAUACUAAAAGGAAUUUGUGCUCAAAUUGCUUCUGCAAGUGAGAAGAUCAAUGCUGGUCUGGCAAGUGCUGUAGCGGCAGGUGGUAGUAUGCUAGUUAUUGGCACAAGUCAUGGUCUUAUUUUGGGUUUUGAUUCUGCUCAAAUUUUAAGAUGGUGCCAUUGUGAUACUCGUCACCAAGGUUCUAUUUCUUCCUUGUGCUUCAAUCAUGAUGGGUCCAGAAUCCUGGCUGGAUUUGCUAAGGGUUACAUUCUUAUGAUUGAUUCUUCCAAUGGGAAAGUACUCCGAACUCUUACGGAUGUUCAUGGUCCUGGUACAGCUGUUUUACAUGUUAAAUUUACGGAUUCUCCAAAAUUAGCAUUAUGCAGUGAUAGUGGAGGUUCAGUUUUCGAGUUGACUUUUACUAGAACAAUGGGUGUUAGGGGCUGUGAUAGUAAAUGUUUGUUUAGUGGAUCAAGAGGUGAAGUAUGCACUUUGGAACCAUUACUUUUAGACGAAUUGGCUGCCCACCCUUUGAAAAAUUAUGUACUUGUAGCUAUGGCUACUUUAUCCAAAGUUAUUGUUGUAUGUAUAAGACCAAAAAUGAGAGUUCUUUUAACUCAUCCCCUAAAUGGUGCUCCUAUGGCUCCACCACAAGUAGCUUGGCAAUUAGUGGCAGUUCGAUCAGUUGAUUCUGAAAGAAUAAUUGAUCCUGUACUGGCUUUAGGAAGAGAUAAUAUAAUACAAUUUUAUCAAGUUUGCGGUGAAGCUGGAAUGCGGGUUCGCUUGAUACCGCUCCGAAGAAUCGUUCUAACAUUUACCAUGAGUAUUUUACGUUGGAUGAAUUCUCGUUCUUUAGCAGUCCUAGACGUUCAAGAAAAAUUGCAUUUAAUAGACGUACGUACCCAAGAGAGUUUAGAAACUCUUGACGUGAACAACGUCGGUUUGUCCUACGCUUCGAGUCAUUUUAAAGGCUUAUCGACCGGCGGGAAUGUUUCUAAAGCAAUGGCUUUAGCAGGCGAACGAGCCUGCUACAAUACUGUUAUUAUAUUUGGCUCGCAGUUGUUGCUCCUGGGAAUGAAGAGCCUACACGCUGUAUGCGUACGAACUUGGAUGGAAAGACUACGACAUCUUACCAUGCAAAAACGUUAUUGCGAUGCUUUGGAACUUGGGCUUGAUUUAUUUCGGGACAAAGGUAAAGCAGUGGUCGGUCUCAAAGGUUCUCGACAGCGUCGCAAACAAAUAGUUCAGGAUAAAGUGUGUCAAGUUUUGAUACGCUACAUGGAUGAACUUUUAAACAAUCCAGGCGAAUCAGCUGAGAUAGAAAUAGUUAGUACGUGCGUCGAUUAUUGUGUGCAGUUAGAGAGUCCCGAUUUAUUAUUUGGCAAAUUAUGGGAUUAUGUGAGCGAGUCUGAAACGUUGAGAUCAGUAUAUUUAAGAGCCUUGGAAACUCCGCUACUUGACGGUUCUUUAAUGCCACAGUUGCCUCCAUCGAUAGCUCAACAAUUUGUUGCCCUGUACAACCAGGAAGACAGACUAGAUUCUCUUCAGUCAAUAAUAAUUUUACUAAAUGUCGAUUGUUUGGAUAUUCAUCAAGUCACAACGAUCUGCAACGAACGCGGUAUGUGGGAAGCUCUAAUACAUUUACAAACCACGGCGCUUGGAGAUUAUACUGCGCCCAUUCAUCAAUUAGUCCCAGUAUUGCAAAAGCAAUUAAUGGACAACGAAGGGGCGCAAAAUCAAGCUUGGGACUGCAUAAGUUUGGGUAACGCUUUGCUUGUCUAUGCUAGUUGUUGUCUUCAAGGGAGACAAUUUCCACGCAAGAACGAGUUACCGGAAGGAAUUCCCCGUAAAAUUAAAGCUGACGUGCUCAGAGCUUUGUUGUCUCAACAUUCCAGUCUUGCAAGUGAUUCCGAAAGGCAAUACCCAUAUCUUAGAACUCUGCUAAGAUUCGAUGCCAAAGGUUUUCUUGAUGCUCUUGCUAUGGCUUUUCAAGAACCUGAAUUUACCUCAGAGAUGGGCUUACGUCAACGUCAGAGAGUCGUCGACAUUCUCCUCACCAUCGUCGCAGCCGUCACACCUAUCGGACCCGAGAGUUCGGAUUAUUUGAGUAACGAACAGCGGGUAUUUGUUCUCGUUUUCAUUGUCGACGAAGUAGUUGAGAGUACGGUUAGUCUCGAAUCUUCGUACUUGCAACGCCUCGUAGAAAUACUUUGCAUCGAGACCAAUGGAGAACACAAGUCUCGUCGAGAAAAUGCUGUAUUGAAGCUUUUACAUGGGAAUAAAAUCACUUGUAUACCUGAAGAUUCUUUGAUUAAACUCGCUCGAAGGGCUAAUUUCAUGCGAGUAGCCGAACAACUGUACACAAAUCGGGGUAAUUGGGAGUCAGUAUGCGAGUGCAUGUUGUCCGAUCCCAAUCGCCAAUCCGAGCUAUUUAUUUUGCUACAACAACUACCUACAAUUCAAUUGGAACAAAUAAUCAAGAAGCAAGCAGUUUCUCUAGUAUCGUUUGACGCAUCAGGUUUCGCUGGUUUGAUCGUUUCACGAUUGAGUGAUCAAUUGGAUGGUAUUCUUGAAGUGCUGAAAAAAAAUCCUGCCAGUGAAUAUAGACUUCUUACUGAUUUGCACUCUCACAUUGAACUAACUAAUGCUGCAAAUGGAGACAGUACUAUUGAUGGAAGAGAACAGCAAUCAUCUGAAAAUCGAGACAACAGUAUGAAUGGAAUAAAAGUAGAAUUAAAUGAGAGUAAUAUGGAACACUAUCUCCGACUCAUGUGUCGCUUUGAACCUGAAAAAGUAAUGAAGCAUCUACGAGGAAAUUACGGAUGUAAAUCUGAUAAAGCACUAGAGAUAGUUCGCGAAGCCAAUCGUAAAGAUGGUGAAGCUCUACUUCUCGAGCAAUUGGGUAACUAUCAGGGCGCCUUUGACCUUCUGCUCGGUCGCCUUAGCGAGAUUACAAAUUUAAUCGAACGUGAUGAGUGCAUUCAAGACGAAGCUCACAACAUAACUUCACAACUAGCUGGUUUGUGCCGACGCUCGGCCGGAGUACUGGACUGGAUGCCUCUCGUCAAAGUUGUUCUCAGUUUACUGAAUGGCAGAGAUACCCAAAAAUGCGAUAAAGUGUUCGGCGAGAGAUUGCUCAAAAUUAUUUUAGAAACGCUUAGCGGUACAACCGCUCUGUCAUCAGUGUUAGAGUAUAUUUUAAAACAACCAUUAUCAACCGGGGGAACUAUGGGAGAUGUCAGACAACUGCUAACAAGUGUUUUAGCUCAAUCCAAGUAUGAUCAAAUUUCAAUUGAAACAACUUCAAAAAUAGUUAGUUUGGAACUGCACAAAGCUUUAAAAACCACGUUAAAAGAAACCGGUAAAGGUAGAAGCUGUAGCACGAUGUUAUGCUUUAUUUGUCGAAAAAGUCUUGCGCAAGCGAGAGAUUACGUUGUGGUAUUUAAUUGCAAUCACACAUACCACUUGGAAUGCCUCUCAGAACCAAAGAUUUGCUGCGAAUGCGUUAAUAUAAAAGGAUGGGCACGUCCAGUCACAGAUUUUGUUCUUCCUACUGCACAUAAUAGGAACUUUAAAAACUCACAAGAAACCAGAAAAUUGGAGCCUCCUAGCUUUAUGCAAAAACAAUUUCCUACUUUAAGACUUGCGCCCCCAGUUCCUUGGCCAGAUUUGGAUGACACAAUAUAGUUGUAUUAACAUCGUGACUCGGACUUUGAACGGAUUGUCUUCUGUUUAACCAAGCUUUUACAGUCAAACUUGUAUUUCAAUGUCAAAACUCUUGUAAAUUUGUAAAAAAAAAAAAACUAUAGACAUAUGUAAAUGACUUGAUGUGUUAUGUAUAUUAAAAAGUUUUAGGCGUUAAAAUGAUUUGGUAACAUCCCAAUGAUAAUUUCUGAAAUGUUAUGUAAAUUAUCAUAUAGAUUUAUUGUAUUGUUAAUAAAUGAUCCUUAAAAAAUGA